CGAACAAGAUGGCGGCAAUACAUGGAGUCGUCAACAUUUUGGCGAUAAUUACCAUAUCAGUUAUUGUUGGGGUACAGUAAGAAAAGUGGAAAACAAAUUUGCAAGAGUAUAUUGGGAUAUUGAUAAAAAAGUUUCAACCGUGCCCGUCGAAUAUUUAAUUGCUGACCACGAAAACGAAAAUUUAAUUGAAGCAAAUACUAAUCAAUAUUGUUCACUGUCUGAAUCAGAUUCAUCCACUUCAAGCGAAGAUGAGGAGGAGACGAAUAAUUAUCCGACUACCAGUAGGAGCAACGUAAUAAAUUCUACCGAAAAUAUAGUCGUUGUAAAGGGUGUUACCUGGACUUUUAUGGAGGCAAUACGACUUGACCAACGACAACAGGGUAAUUACAAAGCUACCCUACAAGAACCAUUGAGGGGCACACAAAGCGUAAAGGACGCUUUUUUUAUGGUUUUUCCCCGGGAGAAAGUUCAUUAUAUAAUACAAUGCACUAACUCUAUGUUUCCAGCAAAACAAAAAGUUUUGACUGAGAAAGAGUUACUACUGUUUAUAGGUAUAAUGUACGCUAUGACGCUUCAGGAACUGCCGGACCGUCGAUGUUACUGGAAUACGACUUCUGAAGGUAUAUAUCCCCCAGCCAAUUUUGGACAAAAGUUUGGAAUGAGUCGUCAGAGAUUCGAGACUAUUCUCAUGGCUCUGCGCUUCACACAACCCUCAGAUCUCGAUGAUUCCGACAAAUGGCGUAACGUCAGAACUUUAGUAACGAUGGUAAACGAGAAACUGGAACAUACCAUCCGUCCUGGUUCAAAAAUUACUGUGGAUGAGUCCAUGUUCGCUUGGUACGGAAGAGGUGCGUACUUCAAAGACGGUAUGCCAGCAGUUAUGAAAAUUAAAAGAAAACCGAAAGGAGUAGGUUGUGAAGUAAAAACUGCAUGUGAUAGUGGCACAAAUAUUAUGAUCAGGAUGGAAAUUAACGAGGGCAAGGAAUCAAUGAGUGCCAAGAAAUGGCAAAGGGAAUUAGGCGCAGGAACUGCAACUACUUUGCGAUUAACUGAGCCAUGGCAUGGCUCUGGAAGGAUAGUUGUUGGAGACUCAUGGUUUGCUUCAGUCAAAACAGCUGUAGAGUUAUCUAAAGUUGGAUUAUAUUUCAUUGGACUAGUAAAGACAGCACAUAGUUUUUAUCCUUCUUCCGAGAUGGCUACAAGGUGUCCAUCGCAUAAAGGAGCAUCUGUUGUAAGUACAGCGGAAAAAGACUCUGUGCAUCUCAUUGCCUGUGCAUGGAGAGACAAAAAAAUUCAUACAUUUGUUUCCACAUGUGGAACGACACUGCCUGGCCAGCCAUCACGUAAGAAGAUGGGACGAUGA